AUGGCGUUGACAGCCUUGUCUCUUCUCAGCCUCCUCGCGCUUUCUCAAGCCAAGGUCAUCCAGCCAUUCCUCGAUCCCAGGAUCGUAAAUGGAGAGGAUGCCAAACCGGGCGAGAUCCCGUAUCAGGUUUCUCUGCAAAACAAGGGUUCCAACUUCCACUUCUGUGGCGGAUCGGUUCUCAAUGAUAACUAUGUCAUCACAGCGGCUCACUGCGUUGAUGGCAAACAGCCUGGGUCUCUACAGGUCAUCGCUGGCACCAUCAAUUUGAACAACCCGAAAUCGAAGCACGAAGUUGAACAGAUCAUCGUCCACAAGGAGUACAAUCCCAGUAACUCUUGGAGGAACGACAUCGCUCUGCUGAAGGUGAAAACUCCAUUUGUCACGUCUGCGGACAUCUCCCACAUUCCUCUGCCACCGAAGGGCCACGUUGUGAACGCCGAAGACGUAGCUGUUGUUUCCGGAUGGGGCAGACUCUGGGAAAGCGGGCCGACUACCGAGAAACUGCAACGAGUCAACAUCCAAAUCGCCGACCAGGACUCUUGCAAACGGAAAUACAAUGCCAUGGGAUACAACGUCCACGCCACGCAGGUUUGCGCGUACGACCCGACUACCUCAAAGGGAUCCUGCAACGGUGACUCUGGCGGCCCAUUGACCGUUGGCGGCAAACUCGUCGGCCUGGUAUCCUGGGCGUACGGAUGCGCCAGCACCAACUACCCCACUGUCUACACGCGAGUUGUAUCUUUCCUCGACUGGAUCAACGCUAACGCCGUCUAAAUCAGCCUUAUUUAUCUCCGGCUUCGAAGGUUUCUGAACGAGACGUUAUGAUAAGAUGUGACAUUGUCGUACGCAAAAUUCACCGUGUGACAUAACGAUUUUGUACAUUUUUCGUCGUAUAAUAAUAAUAAAAUAAUAAUAAUAAAUACUAUUUAACGGUAAUCGAUCUGCACAUCGCACAUUCCACACCCGAACUUCCCGAGUCUCUCUGCACUCAAAGAUGCAGUCAUCACCGUCGUAGGAGAAGAUUAAUUCAGUUGAUCGUAAUUUGCUCCGAGUGAGUCAACGGUAUUCGGGAGAAGCUAUAGAUCGGAUCUGCGCGCAAAUUCCGUCUUGCGAGUUAACCGGAAUUUAAUCGUCGAAUUGUUAAAAUUCCGCUAAUGAAAAGCAACGCUCCGCUCGACCGUAAAAAGUCGAAUAAUGAAGAGCGGCUUCAGAUCAUCUCACUUAAUGAUCUCAAGUCCGUACGGAGGUAAAGUGAAGUUCCUCCGUAGAAAUCGUUCGUUCCUCUUAUUCACUUCCGUUUUACAAACUACAGGUUACUCUCGGCUUGAAUAAUCAAUGAGUCUCUGGACGAUUGCGCUCCAAUAGAAAGAGCCGCAAGCUAACACUCCGGCCGUACCGCUUCCAGCCGAUGAUGCCUUGAGAUUCGUGGAUCCCCGACUUCUUAUCUUAGGCGACGGAUCGAUAACGUGAGAAUCUUAUUUCACGAUGAGAGAGCAUCAGACUGUCUAUUCUUGUUACAGAAUUUCAGAGAGCGCGCGUGAUCGAGACCGAAUUAUUUCUAACGAGCACUUUCCUCUCCCCUCGUUGCCACGGUAACACAUUUUUUUUAAGUAACGCCAAGCCCAUUUUAAUAACGCAUCUCGUACACGCGUUACAAGAAUAUAAAUUACAUUAAAUGCACAAUUAUAAUAGCAAUUACAUUCUAGCGAAACUGAAUUCGCGUCCGCGCGCAAAGAGGGAGAGAAAGAGAGAGAGAGAGAAUAAGAGCCGCUGAUGAAUUUAAUUUAGUUAAAAAGAGGCGGCACAGCGGGGAAUCAUAGUGUAUCAAGUGAUGUCCGUCACUAUCACGAAACAGAUCCAGAGGGCUUUUGGUAUAGUACGAUCAGAUAGUACAAGAGAUUGGAUAGGACUCGGCCCUGCCGCGAAAUCAAUACACCGUGACCGCGCUGCGCUCACGUGUUGCUCUCAUUUCCGGUGACACUUGGCAGAGCGGAAACGAUCGAUACGGACAUUUUAGCCGUAAUUGACAGUCAUGAUCGCGGACCGUCCAUCCGACGCAACGUGAUCCUGGAUAAAACACCGUUCGUUAACGUGCGCGUUUCGUUAAUUAUGACGCCAUUGAAAUUUAUUCCCCCGAUAACGCCUCUAUCGAUUCGCAAAACUUUAAUACGACAUA